UGUGACGCAUCGAUGUUUCUUGAUCCCAAGAGGACAAACAGCUAAAUGAAACUCAAACAUCGCCAUAUUAUUGUGGAUGAUCUCUUAUGUGUUGUAUCAUGUUUGUCUUCGAGUUAAUGGCCGACCGCCAUUUAUUUCUCACCCUUAAAAUGGAGACAUUAUUUGUUGUCUAAUACUGCGUGAAGUAGUGUUAAAACGGGAAAAUGGCGAAGAAGAGAGGAAAGAACCUGCCUGUCCAGGAGUCUGUGGAGACAGAGACGACGUGCAAGCACAUCCAAAAGGGCGUGAAGGAAGGCGCGGUGAAGAAGGCCCUGGUGAAUGUGGAGUGGGAUGUCUGUCAGGACUGCCAUAUGGAGGGCAAGGAGAAGGCGGGCUCCGAGGAUGAGGAAGGAGACCUUGUGUGGAUCUGUCUGAAGUGCGGCCACAGGGGCUGCGGCCGAAAUUCAGAGAAGCAGCAUGCACUGAAACAUUAUAACACCCCCAGAUCAGAGCCGCACUGCCUGGUGCUCAGCGUUGGAGAUUGGAAUGUAUGGUGCUACCUGUGCGAUGACCAAGUCGACUACAACAGCUCUGGGCCACUCCGACAGCUGGUGGAAUACAUCCAGAAAAAGUCCAAGUUCCGUAUCAGGACCAGUGACAAAGGUGAAGAAGAUCAAGUUCUAUGCAAUAAUGUAAACCUUCCAGAGAAGGAAACGCCUCAAACUAGUGAAGACUCCCAAAAGUCAAUGACUAAAGUGGAGAAAACAACCAGCACCCUAAAUGACAGCAAAGAGGUCACCGUGAAAGGGCUCAGUAACCUGGGAAACACCUGCUUCUUUAAUGCCAUCAUGCAGAACUUAUCCCAGACGCCUGCAUUACGAGAGCUUCUAAAUGAAGUGAAAAAUCCAGGGAAAACUGUACAAAUACAAAUGCCCGAUGCCCAGCCGCAGUGCCGAGAAGUGAAGCUGGAGCAGCAGCCGGGGCCCCUGACUUUGGCCAUGUGGCAGUUCCUAACUGAGAUGCAGGAGACUAAAAAAGGGGUUGUGACCCCUAAAGAGCUCUUCUCUCAGGUCUGUAAAAAGGCUGUAAGGUUCAGAGGCUACCAACAGCAGGACAGCCAGGAGCUGCUGCGCUACCUCCUCGAUGGGAUGAGAGCAGAGGAGAUCCAGAGAGUUUCUCUAGCACUUUCUAAGACCUUACAAGAGGCUUCAGACAAGAUGGAAGAGGAGGAGGUCAAAAAGGUUGUUAAAGAAUGUGAGAAAAAGAGAGUUAUCCCCAACUUUGUGGAUCGAUUAUUUGGGGGCGAGUUAACAAGUACGAUCAUGUGUGAGACCUGCAGCACGGUGUCCCUGGUCCAUGAACCUUUCCUUGAUCUGUCUCUACCUGUCCUUGACGAUGCGCCCACAAAGAAAAAUAACCCCAAAGUAUUCAAGAAUAUCGGCAAACAGAAGAACGAGGAGGAGGAGGAGGAGGAUGGUGGCGGCUAUGUAAAAGAAAGGAAUGACUCAAAUACAACUGGGCCAAGCAAACACCUUCAGAAGAAAGCAAAGAAGCAAGCAAAAAAGCAAGCAAAGAAUCAACGGCAACAACAGAAAUUGCAGGGAAAGACUGUGCAGUUCAGUGACCUCAAUGCCAACCAGGAUGAAGAGGACGACUCUGUCUCCGACAAUAACACAUUGGAUAAUAACGCCAAACCUCAGGGGGAACCCUCAGCCGACGAAGUCUCCUUAAGUGAGAAGGAUGAAACUGAGGUGGGGAAGCCUGAAGGCCAAUCAGAACAGGACGGCGAAACCAGCAUAAAUAACGUGGAUGGGAAACUGGAGGACCUUAAAGAGGACAUGGAGGAUCAGAAGGAUGAUCUCGGUUGGAGGCCAAAAAGUCUAAAUGACACCUGUUCGAGUUCUGGAAAUCCAGAAGAUAAUGAGGAGUCAAGCACUGAAACCAGUGAGAUCAAGGAAAAUGGAGACCUCGAUCAUGUGACUGUGGAGAACAGUGAGGACCAAGAUGAGAACCUAGAUGUGUUACAAAGCCCAAGAGCGGAAGAAGACGUCAAUCAUCUAACAGAGAGCAUCAACCAGCUGAAUCUGAGCUCAGGCCUGGGACCGAGUGACAUAGAGAUCGAAAUAAUAGAUGAGGCCCCCAGCCCACAAGUCUAUGAAGUGGUGAAUGAGGACCCCAAAACUGCAUUCUGCACCCUCUCUGAUAGAAAGGAGCUGCAGGUGGACGACUGGUCUGUGCUCGGCUGCCUCAGUCAGUUCACCCGCAAGGAGAGCCUGGUGGGCAAUAACCAGUUGCUGUGUAACACCUGUACCCAGAGACAGGCCAAGGCUACUAAGAAUACCAAGGGAGUUUCUAAAUCUUUAUUCUCAGGGGAUAAGAAGUUUGUAUACACCAAUGCCAAGAAGCAGAUGCUGGUGUCGGUUCCUCCUCCUAUCCUGACUCUACACUUAAAGAGAUUUCAGCAGAACGGUUUUAAUCUUCAUAAGCUGAAUAAACAUAUCAAAUUCCCGGAGGUGAUCGAUAUGGCUCCAUUCUGUACCGUAAAGUGUAAGAAUAUCCGGGAUGGUGCGGGUAGACUACCGUACGCUCUCUAUGGGGUGAUCGAGCACAGCGGCACCAUGCGUUCUGGACACUACACUGCUUACGUGAAAUCCCGAACGCCAAAUCCUCACCUGUCUGAGCUGGUAGUUCGAGGAGUACUACCUGAAGAAUCAAACACUGAGCCCGCUAAAGGCCAUUGGUACCACAUCAGCGACAGCCACGUGCAAGCCGUGCCACUAACCAAAGUGCUGACCUCCCAGGCCUACCUCCUGUUCUACGAGAGGAUACUGUGACCCCACAUCUCACGCAUUCAUUUGCCAAGGAAUAUUUAUUUUUACCUGAACUCUAUAAAGGGGCGCCCAUUGGCUACUCCCAAGGAAGGCAGCGAUGCCCAGCUCCAGGAUACGGCCACUUGCGCCCUUCAUGUGUAAGCCACGGUAGCUUCCCAUUUCCCCUCCCCCCCCAUAAUGUGUUAAAUAUGUAUAUAAGAGCACAAGCAAAGCCGUUUUAUUUUGACACAAGGGGGCAGUACAGCAAUAAAUGAUAUGCGGUUCCUACUAUUAACCAUUUUGUAUGUAAAGAAAAUAUUAUGGUACCUGCUCUGCCUUCUAAUGACAUGAAUUACAAAAAAAAAAAAAAUUGCCCAAAAAAAUGUGUCUGUGUU